CUUGUUCUUUAACAGAUGAUGAGAUAAAAAGUUGUAUAUAAGAGACGUUGCUUCUCUGGUUCAGUACCCCAACACAGGAAAGUUGAAGCUCCACCGAGAAGAAGAAGAAGAAGAAGAAGGCUCAUCUCAUCAACUUCACAAUGAAGAUCCUGGCUGUGUCUGCUCUCCUCUGUGCCAUGAUGGCUCUGACUACUGCUGCUGCUGUUCCAGAGGCAGAACCUGAAGUUGAAGAAGCAGAAGGACUUCAAGUUGUGAAGAGGUCAAGCCUUCAGGGUUGGUCUCAGAUCGGCAACCGCUAUUUCCGCUACGUCACCAGAGCCAUGACUUGGGCUGAAGCUGAGAGACACUGCAUCUCUCUGGGUGGACAUCUGGCAUCUGUUCAUUCAUUCUCGGAGUACAACCAGAUCAGAGCCCAGAUAACACCCAGUCAUGAUCCAAAGGCAUGGCUUGGAGGCACUGAUAUUCAAAUGGAGGGAGUUUGGCGUUGGAGCGAUGGUUCCAAUUUGUACUUCAGUUUCUGGUGCUCAGGAGAGCCAAACAAUGGAGGGGGGUUAAAUCAGGACUGUCUGCAAAUGAGUUAUACUGAGCAUAACUGCUGGGAUGAUCUUCAGUGUGACCACCGUCUUCCCUCCGUCUGCUCCAGGAACAAGUAAAUCCUGGUCUGACCCUGAGACAUGAAGAGGCUGUGAAACACACAAACACAGAUCGAUGUGUGUUUGAAAAGUCAUCUCUCACGACGCCGUCAGUCUCAUGUGGAACCUGAGCGCUCUAAAUCUCUCUCUUCUCUCUUUUCUGUCGCUGUAACGCUUCAUAAGGAAAGAUGUGACAAGUGACACAAACAGGAGGUGGAUUGUCUCUGAGGCCUUGUGCCCUUAAUAAGAUCAGACUGAAUGUGGAAUGGAAAGAACGCUUUAAGCACAACUUUAUUCUUUGGUUUGAACUCUUCUUUCUAAUCUGAAUGCAAAAUUAAAAGCUUCAAGCAUUGAAAAAACGUC